AUGGCCAGAAACUGGAUGAGAGGAGCCAGGUUGAUAUCAUCGUUCUCGCGCUGCCGGACGUGGAUCAUUCAUAACUAUUCUCCCUCGUUUCGUGCUACGGCCUUUUUCACAAACCACCUGCAUCCUUCUAACUCUCAAUGCCGAUUCUUCAACUCUUCUUCUUCUACUACUACUACUUCUUCACCAUCACCAUCACCUUCCUCUAACAAGCUCUUUGUAGGAGGUCUAUCAUGGUCCGUAGAUGAAAAAUCCCUUAAAGAUGCUUUCUCUUCCUUUGGAGAAGUCACUGAAGUCAGGAUAGUGUAUGAUAAAGACAGUGGUAGGGCUAGAGGCUUUGGGUUUGUUAUCUUUUCAAAUGAAGAUGAUGCAAAAUCGGCAAAAGAUGCAAUGGACGGAAAGGCACUGUUAGGUAGACCCUUGAGGAUAAAUUUUGCUCUCGAAAAGGCCCGUGGUGUACCUGUUGUAGUUCCUCGGUUUUCAGAUAUUGGAAACUUAAACAGGCGCUGA